AUGCACGAAGGUGUCACUGACAGAAAUCCUGCAAGCCACUCGGCCUCGGAGUUCCAUUCCUCCAUGGAAACCGAACCCAGGAACUUCUGCUACUUGGACCCAUCCAUACACGGAUCUCGUACCCAGGGCGAGGGCUCCGAGGGUGUUCAGCUGACCCGGCCGCACCGCACGGCCUUGACUAUCGAGAUGGGAAAAUGCGCCGGUCAAGCUCGUUCGCCCAAUGGGCGGUAA